CAGGGCAAACGUGGCGUCACUGGCGGUGAAGGGUGGAAGGUCGGGGCGCAGCUGGGUGGGUGUUGGCUGCCGCUGGCGGAGGAGCUGCGGCUGCGGUGCCCGCGGCUCGGGAGCGCCCCGCAGGCAUGGAGUUGGAGACGGCGCUGGAGGCCGUGAGGGGGCGCGGCGGGGCCGAGGGCCUCGAGCGGGUCCUGGGCCGGUACAACGAGAAGAAUAGGGCCACUUUCAAAUUUGAUCCUGCAGAUGAGGAGAAAAGAAAGAAACUGUGUGAAGGAAUAUUAAACAUCCUCGAAAAAGACACCAAAACAUCAUGUCAAGUUGCCUGUCUCGAAGCCCUUCGGAUUCUCUCCAGAGAUAAGAAGGUUUUAGUGCCUGUGACAACAAAGGAAAACAUGCAGAUCCUGAUGAGGCUGGCAAAGCUAGACAUGACAGAAGACUCUUUGGAGGAUGUGUCCAAUUUCCCUGUUAUAGUGGAAGCUUUAAAAUGCCUCUGUAACAUAGUUUUUAAUAGUGCCAUUGCACAAAAGCUCAGUUUGGAACUGAACCUUGCAGCUAUGCUUUGCAAUCUACUGAAAAAAUGCAAGGACCAACAGUUUGUUGAUGACAUUAAAUGUUUUGAUUUGCGCCUUCUCUUCCUCCUGUCACUUCUGCACACAGAUAUUAGAUCACAGUUGCAUCAUGAGCUACAAGGGUUGCAGGUUUUGACUCAAGCCUUGGAAAGUUCAUUUAGCAUAAGAUGGACAGACAAGUACAAAGCUGCUGAAGAGCAUGAUGGAUCUCCUUUAUCACUGCAAGAAACAGAUUGUGCCAUUGAGGCACUCAAAGCUCUCUUUAAUGUGACACUCGACAGUUGGAAUGUCCACAGUGAGAAUGAAUCUCAUCAAUUUCGCUAUAUGGCUGCCAUCCUUCGCCACUGCUUAUUAACCAUGGGCCCUACUGAAGACAAAACUGAAGAAUUGCACAGUAAUGCAAUCAACCUUUUAAGCAAUAUUCCAGUUUCUUGUUUGGAUGUUCUCAUUAGUCCAUCAACCCAGGAAGAAACAGUUUUGAAAUAUAAUGGUAUGAAUAUGGAUGCCAUUCAAGUGUUGCUGGAUUUCAUGGAGAAAAGAAUAGACAAGGGAAGCAGCUACAGAGAAGGUCUGACUCCAGUUCUCAGUUUACUAACAGAAUGUUGCCGUGCUCAUCGGAACAUCAGGAAGUUUAUCAAAGCUCAGGUAUUGCCCCCAUUAAGAGAUGUAUCAAAUCGUCCUGAAGUUGGCACAACAGUGAGAAACAAACUUGUGCGCCUUAUGACACAUGUCGACCUUGGAGUAAAGCAAAUUGCUGCAGAAUUCCUUUUUGUCCUUUGUAAGGAGAGAGUUGACAACUUGUUGAAGUAUACAGGCUAUGGUAAUGCAGCAGGACUGCUGGCAGCAAGGGGCCUGUUAGCAGGAGGAAGGGGAGAUCAUUGGUACUCCGAUGAUGAAGAUACAGACACUGAAGAAUAUAAAUCUGCAAAGCCAAACAUUAAUCUUAUCACUGGUCAUGUAGAGGAGCCAAUGCCCAACCCUAUGGAUGAAAUGACAGAAGAACAAAAAGAAUAUGAAGCCAUGAAACUUGUCAACAUGUUUGAUAAACUUUCCAGGGAUGAGGUUAUAAAACCAAUGGGAGUUCGACCGGAUGGCACGAUGACUCCUUUGGAAGAGACAAUCUGCCAGUACCAAACCAAUGACCAAGACAGUUCAGAUUCAGACUAAAGCAUCACCUGCUUCGCUGUCAAUAUCCCCUUUGAUCAGCAUCUUCCCUCAGAGCCGCAACAUCUUUUAUCUACACAUUGUACCCUCUCAUUAGCCAGCAUCACUUUAAGUCUUCUUAUUGGGAUAUUUGAAUGAUGGAUUUUGUGGUGUAAUCUCUGCAUUUUUAUUAAUCCAUUUAUAUAGGAACAAAUGAUCAGUUUAUUAAUUGUAAAGCAAAUUGUAUUUCAGUGAGAUGAAAAUAAAAGAUUGC